AUGGCUGUGGACAUAGAGUGCAGAUACAACAGCAUGGCCCCUUCCUUGAGCAGAGAGAGAUUCGCCUUCAAGAUCUCGCCCAAACCCAGCAAACCUCUGAGGCCCUGUCUUCAACUGAGCAGCAAGAAUGAAGCCAAUGGGAUUGUGGCCCCAACCGUGCAGGAGAAAAAGGUGAAAAAGCGGGUGUCCUUUGCUGACAACCAAGGGCUGGCCCUGACAAUGGUCAAAGUGUUCUCAGAAUUUGAUGACCCAUUAGAUAUUCCAUUUAACAUCACUGAGCUCCUAGACAAUAUUGUGAGUUUGACGACAGCGGAGAGUGAGAGCUUUGUUCUGGAUUUCUCACAGCCCUCUGCAGAUUACUUAGACUUUCGAAAUCGACUUCAGACCAACCACGUGUGCCUUGAAAACUGUGUGCUGAAGGACAAAGCCAUUACAGGUACAGUGAAGGUGCAGAACCUCGCCUUUGAGAAGAUUGUGAAAAUAAGAAUGACCUUCAACACUUGGAAAAGCUUCACAGACUUUCCUUGUGGGUAUGUGAAGGACACCUAUACUGGUUCAGACAAGGACACGUUCUCCUUUGACAUUCGCUUACCUGAAAAAAUCCAGUCUUAUGAAAGAAUGGAGUUCGCGGUGUGCUAUGAGUGCAGUGGACAGACAUACUGGGACAGCAACAAAGGCAAAAAUUACAGGAUCAUCCGGGCUGAAUUAAAAUCUACUCAGGGGACCGUCAAGUCACAAAAUGGACCAGAUUUUGGAAUAGCCUUUGACCAGUUUGGAAGCCCUCGGUGUUCCUAUGGUCUGUUCCCAGAGUGGCCUAGUUACUUAGGAUAUGAAAAGCUAGGGCCCUACUAUUAA